AUAUUAACGCCAUUUUGAUUUGUCUCAAGAUGAGUAUUUAACUUUGGUUUCUUGAUCCUUUUAAUUAUCUAUUCCUGUGUGUGUUGGAAAAUUAACUAAGUUUAAUUGUUUUAAAUUGUGUCUUUGAGAAUCAUUCUAUUGCUUUUUGAUAACCUCAUCUAAUGGACAUAGACAUGGAACAACUGGUUGAUUUAUGCCUCAGCAAACUUCCAGUAGGAAAGGUCAGCAAUGGUAUAAUCAAGGCUGCUGGUGGAGGAGCUUCCGGAGGUUCAUCUGUUGUUGGUGUUAUUACUGCUACUGGUGGUAAUGGUGGUAGUGGUGGUGGUGGUGGUGGAGGAGGAGGAGGAGGAGGGGGUGGUGGUGGUGGUGGUGAAUCUAUUGAUGUUACUGGUGGUACUGGUGGAAAUGGUGGAGCUGGUGGUACUGGUUCAGUUGGCUCAGUUGGUAGUGGUGGUAAUGGAAACGCCUGUGGAAAUGGUAACACUGGAGGCAAUGGUAAUGGUAGGGGUAGUAAUAAUAAUAAUAAUAAUAACAACAACAGUAACAACAACAACAACAGCAACAACAAUAAUAAUAAUAACAAUAAUAAUAAUAAUAAUAAUAACAAUAAUAAUAACAACAACAAUAAUAAUAAUAACAACGGCCAAGAACCAAUUGUGUUGCCAGAUCCAGCAUUUAUUUGCCCACGACGACCUAAUAUUGGAACUGAGGGAAGACCAUUGAUGUUGAGAGCUAAUCAUUAUCAGAUUACCAUGCCAAGAGGAUUUCUACACCAUUAUGAUGUUACUAUAUCUCCAGAUAAAUGUCCACGAAAAAUUAACCGAGAAAUCAUUCAAAUUAUGGUCCAAUCAUACUCAAAGUUAUUCGGAAAUCAAAAGCCUGUAUUUGAUGGACGUAAAAACAUGUAUACCUCAGACGAUUUACCAAUUGGUAGAGAUAAAAUUGAACUUGAAGUUAUCCUUCCUGGUGAAGGUAAAGACAGGCUUUUUAGAGUGGCCAUUAAAUGGGUUAGUCAAGUUAACCUAGAUCACUUAGAACGAGCCUUGGAAGGUGAGAAUAGAUAUAUUCCAAUGGACGCCAUUCAAGCAUUAGAUGUUGUUAUGCGGCAUCUUCCAUCAAUGGUCUACACUCCCGUAGGAAGAUCAUUUUUUUCAACACCCGAAGGAUAUUAUCAUCCACUUGGAGGUGGACGUGAAGUUUGGUUCGGAUUUCAUCAGUCUGUCCGACCUUCUCAUUGGCGAAUGACAUUGAACAUAGAUGUAUCAGCAACUGCUUUCUAUAAGGCUCAACCAGUCAUUGACUUUGCAUGUGAAGUUUUGGAUUUAAGAGAUAUCAAUGAACAAAAGAAACCUUUCACCGAUUCACAGCGAGUCAAAUUUACCAAAGAAAUUAAAGGUCUCAAAAUUGAAAUAACCCAUUGUGGUUCCAUGAGGCGUAAAUAUCGAGUAUGCAAUGUUACUCGACGACCAUCUCAACUUCAAUCUUUCCCUCUUCAAUUGGACAAUGGCCAAACAAUUGAGUGCACUGUUGCCAAAUACUUUUUCGAAAAAUACAAAAUGAAAUUGAGAUAUCCUCAUCUUCCUUGUCUUCAAGUGGGUCAAGAGCAUAAGCAUACUUAUUUACCUUUAGAGGUAUGUAACAUUGUCGCUGGUCAAAGGUGCAUCAAGAAACUCACUGAUAUGCAAACAUCAACCAUGAUUAAGGCAACCGCUCGCUCUGCACCUGAUAGAGAAAGAGAGAUUAACAAUCUAGUUGUAAAAGCUGAUUUCAAUCACGAUCCAUAUAUUAAAGAGUUUGGAUUGUCAAUUUCAAAUAAUAUGAUGGAGGUUAAAGGUCGUGUCCUUCCUCCACCUAAAUUACAAUAUGGCGGUCGAACCAAACAACAAGCACUUCCUACCUCUGGUGUUUGGGAUAUGAGAGGUAAACAGUUUCACACUGGUGUUGAGAUUCGUGUCUGGGCCAUUGCUUGUUUUGCACCACAGCGAACAUGCCGGGAAGAUGGUCUUCGUACUUUUAUCGGACAAUUACAGAAAAUAUCUAAUGACGCAGGAAUGCCUAUUCUUGGACAGCCUUGUUUCUGCAAAUAUGCUACUGGAUCAGAUCAGGUUGAACCAAUGUUCCGUUACCUGAAAGCCACUUUUGUUGGUCUUCAACUAGUUGUUGUUGUAUUACCUGGUAAAACUCCGGUUUACGCUGAAGUCAAAAGGGUUGGUGAUACCGUUCUCGGUAUGGCCACUCAAUGUGUUCAAUGCAAAAAUGUUAACAAAACAUCACCUCAAACUUUAUCCAACCUUUGCCUGAAAAUUAAUGUAAAACUUGGUGGAAUCAAUAGUAUUCUUGUUCCAAGUGUCAGACCAAAGGUGUUCAACGAGCCUGUGAUAUUCUUGGGAGCGGAUGUCACCCACCCUCCUGCAGGUGAUAAUAAAAAACCCUCCAUAGCUGCGGUAGUUGGUUCUAUGGAUGCUCAUCCUUCUCGGUACUCAGCUACUGUUCGUGUUCAACAACAUCGUCAAGAGAUUAUUCAAGAUCUUGCCAGUAUGGUCAAAGAAUUGAUGAUACAAUUUUACAAAUGUACUCGAUACAAGCCUGUUCGAAUUAUUUUCUAUCGAGAUGGAGUCUCUGAAGGUCAAUUUCCAGCUGUCCUAAAUACUGAACUUCUUGCCAUCAGAAAAGCUUGCAUGAUGCUUGAAGAAGAUUAUUAUCCUGGAAUAACUUUCAUUGCAGUACAAAAACGUCAUCACACAAGACUAUUCUGUGCCGAUAAAAGGGAGCAAGUCGGGAGAAGUGGCAAUAUCCCCGCAGGAACCACGGUUGAUGUUGGCAUCACUCACCCGACUGAAUUUGACUUCUAUCUUUGCUCUCAUGCUGGUAUUCAGGGAACCAGUCGUCCAUCUCAUUAUCAUGUUCUAUGGGACGAUAAUCAUUUCUCUGCCGAUGAGCUUCAAUGUCUAACUUAUCAACUUUGUCAUACUUAUGUUCGAUGUACACGUUCAGUAUCUAUACCAGCUCCAGCCUAUUAUGCGCAUCUUGUAGCUUUCCGAGCCCGUUAUCAUCUAGUUGAAAAAGAAAAUGAUAGGGUCAGUCAAUUGGAAACCGAAAGUCAAUCUGGCCUUACAGGCGAUCUUACCGAGUUCAGCGGUGAUGGUAGUCACCAGUCGAACGGUAAUGAUAGGACUCAAACGGCUUUAGCUCGAGCUGUAACAAUCCAUCCUGAUACCAAAAAAGUAAUGUACUUUGCUUAAGGAGAGAGACUACCACAAAUACUACUGACCUUUUUUAGACCAGUUGGGCAACAAGAUGACCAGGAAUUAACAAAAAAAAACUAAAACAAAAAUCAUCUAAUCAUGAUUAUUAUUAUUAUCUUCUACUAUUAUUGUCAUGAUUCAUUAUUAUCAUUCCUAAUCUCUUAAUUAUUAUUAAUCUUUGAUCAUCAUCAUUACCUCCUUUUGUGUAUGCUCCUUUGUAUCAUUUUCCUUCAAUUUUUUCUUUCCUUGUCUUUUGCCUGCUUCUCAAAAAUAAUCGAAUUUUUUUUCUCUCUGGCCAAGGUUUUUUCCGUUUUGACCAAAAUAUCACAGAAAAUUAUUAACUCAAUCGCUUUAACUAAAAAAUCCUCAUAAAAAUCAACUACAUGACGCUCACUUACAACAUACACACACACACUCUCUCUCUCUCUCUCUCUCUCUCUCUCUCUUGACCCACCCACCAAACAAUUCUCUUUGCCUUCCUUAAUUAUAAAUGACUUCCUAUUAUUAUAUUAUAUUCCCCAUCUUCCACUUAGAAAACAAAAAAUGUGACAGUUUUAAUCUUUCUGAUGUUUUUUAAAUUUCGACAAUGUCACCAACACUACAAUUACAUCAUCAUUACCACCAUCACCACCACCAAUUGACAACGAAAGGCGAAACAUCAAAAAACAUUUACCAGAAACUAUGGUCGCAUCUCUAAUCAAUUUUAAACGUAUAUACAAAACACACAAACAAACACACACACACACUCCUCUUAAAUCAUCAUCAUCAUCUUAACACAACAAAAGUCAAUUUUACAAUUAAAACAAAAAACAAAAUGAAACACAAAUGAUUAACAAAGAAAAUGUAAAAUUGCCUGUCACAAAAACUCUGAAUGAAUUGUUUUCUCAUGUGAGAAAACAAACUCUUAA